CAGUGAGUUUUAUAUAAUCGUCAUAUUUAAAUAUGUCUCUGCCAAAGGUUUUGCUGGUUUUGGCACUGGUGGCACUUUCUGGUGCCACUGUUCGGAGGACCCCUGAAGAGGCGCGGCGUAUAGCAAACAAAGUGUUGGACACGGUACCUUUGGUCGACGGUCACAAUGAUCUUGUGAUGAACAUCAAAGAACGAGCUGGUGGUGUUUUGGCAAAUAUUGAUUUGAACCAAAAUUUGACUAAUCACCCGUUGUGGGUGGGAUGCGAGUUUUGCCACACGGACAUUCCUAGACUCAGAGCUGGAAAGGUUGGAGCCCAGUUCUUUGUCGCCUUUGGCGAUUGCUCGGCCCAGUAUCGCGAUGCCACUCAAAAAACCCUAGACACGCUUGAUCUUAUUAUAAGAUUCUCGGAACAGUACAGUGAUACGUUCAAAUUUGUUACCACACCACAAGGAAUUCUGGAUGCUUUUGCCGAGGGAAAAAUUGCAAGUCUGGUUGGAAUAGAAGGUGGCCAAAGUAUUGACAACCGCCUGUCCAUUCUGCGCCAAUUUUACAAAUUAGGGGUGCGCUACAUGUCUUUAAACCACAUGUGCCACACGCCCUGGUCAGACACUUCGUUCAGCGACAAUCCAGAGUCGGGCCUUAGCCCGAACUUAAACGGCCUCAGCGAUUUCGGACGGCUGGUCGUUCGUGAGAUGAACAGACUGGGAAUUAUGGUGGACCUGGCACACGUGUCCAAAGCGGCUCAAGAGGACGUGCUGGCCGUUUCAAGAGCACCAAUUAUCUACUCGCAUUCAAACGCCUACGCACUAUGCAACCACGACAGAAAUGUGCAUGACAACGUUUUGCAACUAGUGAAAAAUACAAAUUCUAUUGUGAUGGUCAAUUUCUACACAGGCUAUGUCAAUUGUAACAUAACUUCAGCAACGCUUCAGGACGUUAUCAAUCAAAUUAAUUACAUUGUUAGCUUGACUGGAUAUGACAAUGUUGGCAUUGGCAGUGAUUUUGAUGGCAUCAAUAGUGAGCCUGAAGGGUUGGAGGACGUUUCUGGGUUUCCCAAUCUUUUUGCAAAGUUAGCCGAAGACCCAGCUUGGACUGAAGAGAACUUGCGCAAAUUGGCUAGCGAUAAUUUCAUUAGGGUUUUCCGUGACGUGGAAAGAGUUCGAGAUGAAAUGGCCGCCGAAGGAAUAACUCCUUUUGAGGGAAUCAUCCCUCUGGCUGAAUUGGGGAACAAUACGGCCUGCUACACUGGCGAUUGGUAGUAAAAUCUUCAAUUAUAUUUGGAAUUUUGACAAUAAAUUUUCAUUGAA